ACUUCCUGCUUUCAGCUGCAAUAUUGACAGACGGAGCGAAAACAAAAUGAUAGUUUAACUUCCCCGAUGAGCUGUGGUCAAGCAAUAGCGUUGUUAACGCUUUCCGGCAUAUUUCACUGACCGCGUAUUUAAAUGUCAUUUCUCUGGAGCUGAGGAGCGUGUCGGUGAUUGAAAAUCCAGGAUGCAGUUCUCUCCCACCAACGGAGAUUUCACGUUCGUCUCUUCGACUGAGGCUGAAGAACUCAGCGGCACCAUCAGUGCCCCGGACAUUAAACUAAACAUGGGCAGUGACAGUGGGAAAGAUCCGUACGCCACCACCUUCUUGAGGCAACGAGGCUACGGCUGGCUGCUGGAGGUGGAGGACGAUGACAGUGAGGAGAGCAAACCUCUUUUGGAGGAGUUGGACAUUGACCUGAAGGACAUCUAUUACAAGAUUCGUUGUGUACUGAUGCCAAUGCCAUCACUGGGUUACAACCGGCAGGUGGUCAGAGACAACCCGGACUUCUGGGGUCCUCUGGCCGUGGUGCUGCUCUUCUCCAUGAUCUCCAUCUAUGGACAGUUCAGGGUCGUGUCUUGGAUUAUCACCAUCUGGAUAUUUGGAUCACUGACCAUCUUCCUGUUGGCCCGUGUUCUCGGCGGUGAGGUUUCCUACGGCCAGGUUCUCGGAGUGAUUGGAUAUUCCCUCCUCCCGCUCAUCGUCAUAGCCCCUCUGCUCUUGGUGAUUGGAGGGUUCGAGGUGGUCUCUACACUAAUCAAACUGUUCGGCGUGUUCUGGGCUGCUUACAGCGCUGCUUCACUGCUCGUCGGAGACGAAUUUAAAACGAAGAAACCCCUUCUCAUAUAUCCCAUUUUCCUUUUGUACAUCUACUUCCUGUCACUAUAUACUGGUGUGUGACUGGAUGAGCUGAAACUGUGGACCCUUAAAUGGACAGUGACCGCCCCCGGAGCGCUGGGGUCGGGAGGGGGGAGGGGUUGAAAAGUACAGGACGACAGAAUCAGGAUUUUUUUUUUUAAAAAAAAGGUGUUUAUUUCUCUUUUUUUUUUUUUUUAAACUGUUAAAUUCUAGAUGACAGGGAUGCUGGGAAUAUAUAUCAGUGUAUAUAGUUUUGUCCCUUUUGUCUUUGGUCAAUAAAAUGCAUAUGUUCCUACAGCUUAAACUUUGGUAUGCAAACUUCUCGUUCACCAGUGCAAUAGAGUGUUCCGCAUUAACUUGUUUUUCGUAAAGCUGGAAAUAAUCACAGAGAUCAGCAGUCAUGUCACAGUGAAAUGAAUGUGCUGCCAAAUAUUUAUGUGUCCAUGUUCAUGCCGAAAGGAAGGAUUGGAGAAGAGAGACAGCACCGCACAGAAAGAAACAGACUGUUGAGCAUAAUGUUUUUUUUAUUAUUAUGCACUGUGAUGUACUAUGAGAAAUGUCCAUUGAUGCUUAUAGUAUUUUCGUAGACUUGUGUUCUUUUCUUAAUUUAUGGAUUUUAGCAGCAUAAGCAGGUGGACUGGGGGCAGUUAGAGUGAUCGAAUCCAUUGUCUACUAAAUGUGGUGCCUUGUUUUCCUCGCCCCCUGACUCCUGUUUGUCCGUUGUUUAAUACAGGAAUUCAUUUGUCAAUUUGAUCAAUAACUACAGGAAAAUAAUAGAGUAAUUUGCCACUUGAACAUCUGGUAUUUACUUAUGACUAAUUACUCUGUUACAUAGAGUCAACACACUAAUAUUAAAGAAUGCUUUACAUUGAAACUUUGAAGCUGGUCUCAACAGGCUGGAUUCACUCGCAUAACCUCCUUCAAAAUAAUAGUUUGUAAGUAUAAGGCUAACAAGAGGGUUUGUUUCCUAUUCCAAAAUCAUUAUUACACAUGAAGUCUCUACAGUAUAUAAAGAAGCACUUUCCAAUCAUCAUUCCAUCAACACUUUUUUAAUUUUUUGGAAUAACAUGAAAUGUUAUGUCUGUCUCAUCACCCGCAAUUUAUGUUUUUCCCCAUGUGACCUGCUCCUCAGUUUCCUGUGUGUGUGUUGCAGCAGUGUGGGAGAAUGUUGUAAUUUAAAAGCACACUCAGAUAAUCAUCAUGCUGACAAUGUCCACAAAGUAUACUUGAGGCUGGUGGGGUUGUUGUUUUUUUUUUUUUGUUUUGUUUUUCAGGUAUUUGGUCAUAAACUAAAGUAUUGGACAAAUGAAAAAUGAUGCCCUGAUGAUGGUGCUUAUUAGGGAAUCACCAGUUCAUCUUCUGGGGACCAUGAAUGGUUGUAUAAAAUUUCUUGACCCAAGCACUGCGGUGUGUGGCUAAAACAUUAGGCUUUGAGAAAUUCACAGAACUCUUGAUGCUUGAUUGUAGAACCACGUCGGAUGUUGUCUGGUUCAUGGCAUUUUACACAUCUUUACAAAUGCCUUUGAUGCAAAUGAUGAUAUAUUUUUAGAAUAACAAAUGUCUGUGAACAUGUUUCCAUAGAACAAAAGGAUCUUUUCCUUUAUGUCCUGUUGUGGGAAAAAAACAUGAUUGUUGAUUGAUUUUUAUGAUGAUUAUGAAACAAAGAAAAGCAAAUCUAAGCAGCAGAUUUUACAUGAUCAAUGACUGAUUAGAAAAUUGUCAUCAAUCAUAUGCUGAAUUGAAAGACAAUUCACUUAUCACUUAAGCACUGUAUAAUUAGUCAGUGACAGUGUCAGUGACAUUUAUGUCUGCAGAAGUAGUGGAGUACGUUUACACCCCAAUCAACCGUUUUAAUGGCUUCAGGAAUUAUGGUGUGUAAUUGUAUUUUUCAUUCAACUUAUUUAGACUCAGAACAGCUCUCAGACACUCUGAAGCCCAUCUAGGGACAUCAGAUUACCAAGCACAUGAUCCAGUAUUCAGAAUUCACUUUUGGAAACAUUGUACAUUUUCUCCUCAGCAGCUAUUUGACAGCUUUUAGCUACUGGUUACUUUACAAAUUAAGAUUAUUUUACAUACAAAAUAAAAAGUGUUCAGACCCCUUAACUUUUUGCACACUUUAAAUUUAUUUUAACUUUAGAUUUAAUUUUAAAUGGAUUAAAUUACUGUUUUUGCGCAUUAAACUACCCUCACACACACACAGUGACAAACAGAUGUCAUCAUCCAAACUUCUUUAGGAAUCAAAAACUGAAAUCUGUCAUUUACUAAAGUAUUCAGACCCUUGAUUCAGCGCGUUGUAGAGGCUCCUUUGGCAGCCGCUACAGCUUCAGUUAUUUUUGGGUAAGUCUCUAUAAGCUUUCCACACCUGGAUGUGGGCAGUUUCUCUCAGUCUUCCUGGCAGAUCUUCUCAGGCUCCAUCAGAUUGGAUGGGAAGUGUCUGUGAGCUGCCAUCUUCAGGUUUGUCCACAGAUGUUCUCUGUGGUUUUAGUCUGGACUUUGGCCGGGUCAUGCAGGGACAGUCAGAGACUUGUCCUGAAGCCACUCCAGCAUUGUCUUGACUGUAUGUUUUGGUUGAUUGUCGUGCUGAAAGGUGAAGCGUUGCUCUAGUCUCAUGUGCCCUGGAGCACUGCAUUCAUCUUUCCCUCAGUUCUGACUAGUCUCUCUGCCCAUGAUGCUGAAAAAUCACCCAUAGCUUAAUGUUCUCUGUCACCUCUCAGACCAGGGUCCUUCUUGCCCAGUUACUCACUUUGAUAGCCAGCUCCAAGAAGAAUCCAAGUGGUUUCAGGCCUCUUUAUGAGUUACUGAUUGUAGCUUGAUGGGCAAAAAUGUAUACAUUUAAUGUUAAGUCUGCAACACAAAAUGUUUUUGACUCCACUGUAUGAAGUGAUUAUAAAAUAUGAUGCUUUGUUAUAGAUGAAGCUACCAAACCUACCCAGCCCAUAUGUAUGACUACUAUUCAGCUUGUCAGCUGACCAGAAAUGAAUGGACAACUUUUUUGAUAAUUAUUUUUGAGCCAUUUUCAUGCAGAAAUGCCAAACAUUUCAUGGUUCAUGUAUCUCAAAUGUCAUAAAAGCUAAAAUAUAAAUGUAGAAGUUUUAUUUAUUUAAAGUCAAUUUAACUUCAUCAUUUCAAAACUCCACAUCAUACAGAGAUAGUGUUGCCAGCCUCCUCUUGUGUAAGAUUGUCUCCCGAAUGAAAGCCUUGCAUUUAUAUGUAUGGUGCUGUUUGUAUUGUAUUGUUCUGCCUGUCUGAACUUUGGCUGAUGAAGGUCUGAGGACUGAAAUGUCGUAUUAAUAAAAUGAGCUCCAGUGAUGGACAGCAUGUAGGAGUGACCUCAGCUUAAAAAAAAUUCCAAGACAGACAAUAUGUAGAGUGGUUGAUGAGGACUGUAAUUUUCCAAAAUAUAGACUGAAGUGAGCAAUAUUGCCUUUACGUGUCCAAUUGACUGAUCCUUCUUAAGUGGAGGGAUGAAACACCACUCACCGACACCACUCUUCAAGUUCUAAUGUUGACUCUAAAAAUGUCUAAUUCUAAGUUGGAGAACAUUAGAUUCACUCUCUGAGAAUCUGCUGAGGAGUUUCAUGAGGACUGGCAGCCAUUCAUUACCCGUACUGAGAACUGCAAGCUGGAUAAUUAUUUGCGAGCUUGAUAUUAUCUGUAUGUGAAUAUUUCUGAAACAUGCAGCAAAACUGACAGUACAUCUGUUACAUCCAUUGUGGCAAAGGUGUCAUAACACCACAGUU